CCAUCUCUCUCCACCUCUCUCCAUCUUUCUCUCCACCUCUUUCCAUCUCUCUCUCUCUCUCUCUCUCUCUCUCUCUCUCUCUCUCAGUAAUCAUUCAUUGAAACAUCCCCAGUUGAAAGCAGAAUGAAUCAAGAAGCGCUUGUUAUCAACAUGAGGAUUUUCUACAGGAGUCUGUCACUUUUACUGGGGUUUUUCUCAGUUCAAAUGAAGGUGAAUGUAACAGAUGGAGCAGAAGUGAACAUAGCAGCAUGGGGCACAGUCAGUCAGUCAACAUCACUUAAGAACUUGGAUGGCCAAUAUGCUCUGGAUGGGAAAAACUAUACCUGUACUCAUACUCUGACACAAUCUGACCCAUGGUGGAUGCUGGAUCUGCUGAAGACGUACAGCGUGAACAGAGUGACCAUCACUAACAGAUUUGACUGCUGCAACACCAGGAUAAAUGGGUCAGAGAUUCGGAUUGGAAACAACUCUUCAGAUUUUUUCAGCAAUCCAGUAUGUGCUGUGGUUUCUACUAUUCCAGCAGGAGCUACCUACAGCUACUCGUGUGAUGGGAUGGAGGGACGUUAUGUUACUGUGAAUAUUCCUGGAACUUCAAAGAUUCUUACUCUCUGUGAAGUGGGAGUCUAUGUGAUUUUUCCAGAUAAUUUGGCAGCUGGAAGAAAUGUCACACAGUCAUCAACUUAUGGCCUCUGGUCUGCUGAACAUGCCAUUGAUUUCAAUCCAGGAUUAACAAAAUCAUGGUCAGCAUGUUCCUCAACCAAUGUUCAAACUAACCCCUGGUGGAGGGUGGAUCUGAGUUCUGUGUACAGAGUAAGUAGCGUCGUAAUCACAAACAGACCAGAAUGCUGUCCUGAACAAAUAAACGGAGCGGAGAUUCGCAUCGGAAACUCUUUGGAGAACAACGGCAACAACAAUCCCAUAUGCGCUGUGAUUUCUAGCAUUCCAGCUGGUGUUUCCUCCACCUACAUUUGUAACAAUAUGGAGGGUCGAUACGUGAAUCUGAUCAUUUCUGGAGAUUCAAGGUUUCUUACUCUGUGUGAGGUGGAGGUCUAUGGAGAAGGCCCUUUAUUGAAGAAAACGUUGGUGAAGAUAAAAUUGAAGUCCAGUUCGAGUCUGUCUGAACCUGAAAUGAGAGCCCAGCUCCUGUCACAGCUCCAGUCUGUUUUGGAGGAACGAGGGUUUUCUGACGUGACGCUGCAAUGGACUCAACCGCCAGAACAGGAAGUGAUGCGGAAGGAAGCUGCACCAGCUCAGUGUGCUCGAAGAAAGAGAUGAUGGGGAAAACUCUCCUCGAAUCACCUUCUUCCUCUUUCAUUUACAAUGUCAAUUUGAAACCGUUUGUGUAUUCGUGAUGGUGAUUUUAGAGAAAACUUUUUCAUUAGAUUGGGACAAGAG